AUGGCGCCAAACGACGAAAGCUCGUCCCCUCUCACCCCAUAUGGAAUGAAAGCAUCCAGAAAGCGACUGGAAGAAGCUGGAUUUCAUCCAGCAGUGACGAAGAGACCGCUCAAAGAAUUGGAAGCGGAGCUUACGAGUCACCUCAAGAAGAAGAUGACCCGUCCAAGUCGAAGGAGUCUUCUGGGGCGUCAGCGAUACAGGUUACAAACUGUGCGAAGGGGUCGCUCUGGCAGGUUUCUCUCCAAAGCCGACCGACCUGGCCGUGGUGCUAGUAGGUCCUUAGGGCCCCUGACCAAGGGGCCCUACUAUCCUACAGAGAGGCUCGACAAGAUUGCCUCGGAGGCAGUGAGCAAGACCCCUUCUCCCGAAGCGGUCACGAACGGCCCCAAGGAGCAACUCACCAUGGAGAGCAUCAUGAAUCACAGUCAAUUGGGGGCAAAGAUACUCAACUCCGUCUUUGCCCACGGCCACAAAGCUGUUAUGAACCUAGCGCUGACUUCCAGCACGAUGUUUAAGCUUGUCACUGGAAACAUAAAUCGGUGGGACUUUUCUUCUGGUUGCUACAAAGUAAAGGGCCCAUCCAACGUCUUUGUCGCGAUGGUGCCCAAGCAAUAUACCCAUGAAAUCAAAGAGGCACUUUCCAAGUACGACUUUCCGGUCAAUUCGGCCAAAUGGAUGGCAGCACUUGAAAGGCUGGAGACUGAAGGAGACUCUGACAGCCAAAAGUUGCGAGCCGUCGGGCUUGAGCAUGAGUUCUUCCGGAUGGCGAAGAAGUUCCGGGGGAAGUGCUUGCGUUCGAAUGGACCCUACUGGGCUGCGGAAGACGACAAGAUCGAUCCACGAACCGCAAAAAGUGCUGUGGGAUGGUGGUAUUUCGACAAAGAAGCUAUCAAUAUCAUGGGGUCGCUCAAGCCGCUUACAACUAUGUGGUCGGCGAAUCAGUUCGAAGGCAGCAACAAGGAGUACCGCAUGCCGCUCAGCCUUGCUAUGGAAGGCUUGCUCACGCUCAUGAGGGAGAUACACACUGUCAGCACCUACAUUGAAGUUGUACACUUGCAUGACGUACCGUUGGUUGACCGCCGCAUGCUUGCCACCAUUUUGAGAGGCAUGCCUCACGUCGUCCAGGUGGGCGUGUACAGAUGUCCCCUAGUUCACUUUGGAGACUUGAUCCCCAUCCUGGAUCUCAUUUAUGACAUCAACACUGGUCGACGAAAGAAGAAGUUGCCAGCAAUCAAGGGGUUUGACUUCUAUCCCAAUUUCGAAGAUGGCAUGCCGUAUCAGCAUGAAAAUGCGGCCACAUAUGGCCUCGCCUGGUGCCCCUUGCUAAUGGACGUUGGGCAGCGAGGCUUCUACGGCAUUCUCCUCAAGGCCGUAAUGAAGGCAAAAGCCCUUGACCUUGGUCAGCUGUUUGACAAAGACGGCGCGUUGAUGGACUGGAUGGCCAAAGUGCCAAACGUUCCCCUUGGCCCCUAUUGCUUCCUGGAUGCCCUGUACCGAUAUCUGGAGGUGGAAGACGAAGACCCCGAUGGGAACGACAAGAGGACACAGGCCACGUAUGACCUGCUCAAGCCGACCCGCAUCGCCUUCGAACCGUAUCUCAGCCUGGACUGGCCCCUAUACUACACGAAGAAGAUGGGCUCCAAGUUUUUCUGCUCAUCCUGUGGAUAUGAGACCUUUCGGGAAUUCUUCCCCGGCCGCGCCAAACUCCUCCCAGCGUACCUGCGAACUUGCUCCGCCUGCAUUCUGCAGCGGGCUCUGGACGAAGAGAGAGGCCAUGGCAGGGCCUGGAAGUUGGACUUGCUGGACAGUGUAUGUUUUCUAUGGCAGCCGGAAAGCUUCAACUUGGAUGCGCCUCUGUACGACAACGGAGCUGGCCUGAUCCGUCUCGAAUCCACCGAGACUGAGCGCCCAAAUGACUCAUCGGCCCUGAUGCGAGAUAACAAAUUUCCCUUUGAUUCGUUGGUGGGCGUCCCCAGCCUCGAGGCUGUCGCAAAGGGCUCGAUAAUGGCUUGCCUGUGGACGGAGGCCGUGGCCUUUGCUUUCCGCUACGACCUUCAACGCCGAGGUAUUCUGGAGCUGCGGCACCAAUACCACCGCCGGUGGAAUGGCGUCCCGGCUUUCCCUCCCACGCGAGAGGAUGGUGGAGCGCCAGAUCAUCAGGACGAGCUGCAGAUGGAAAAUGGGGAGCCAGAUGCAUCUUUCUUUGACCACCGCAAAGCUCUGGAUGUGGCCAAUCGCAUGAAGCGGAACGGUUGGUAA